AAAAGCGCUUCCAAAACGCUCCGACAUUUCAGUUGCUUCAAAAUUAUCGCCCCAAACCGCUGCCCGCGUCGUCCAAACGUUUGUUUUUUCCCCAACUUUCUAUAUAGAAUAUAUUUUUUUUUUGAGUGAAAUAUUUUUUGGCCAACUCUUUGGAAUUGUAAAAUGUCUUUCAUCGGCAACACAUCGGAUCUGGAGUGCGAAAAGAACGAGUUUCCGAGGCCGCGCUCCACGGGCAUUGUCACCAAAGUGGCGGCCCACAAGCUGUCCUCGGAGCCCAAAUGGGUUGACAAGCGGGAGGAGGACUCCGAUUCGGAGGUCUCAUCACCGGAUAACUUCUUAACCAAAGGCGCCUUCCUACUGACCCCCUCCUAUGAACUGUCCAUGGAAAGGGCGGCCCUCAUCUGCGAGAAGAUGAGCUUCAAGGGAUGCUUCAGUUUGACCAAAACCGCUACAGGAAUUCUCUUUAAAUUCUCACAUCCAGAUGACUAUCAGGCGGUCUUCAAGAAGGGCUUCCACAAGGUCACCGGAGCGCGCUUCUAUCGCAAGCAAACAUUUUCGCGCAGUAUUGCCAUUCCGUGCCGGCCCCGGAAAACGUUCACCCUCUAUGUCCUGGACGUGCCCGAGGAUCUACCCGUCGAGGAUAUCCGUCAUGCCAUGUACAAGUUCGACUCGGUGGUGGAGGUAGUCCGGCUGCAUAUCUAUUCGAGCUUGGGUAGCAACACCGGCGGCUCAUCCGCGGUGGCCACCAGCUCCUCCUCCGCCGGCGUCGACAAGGGCGUCGAAGGUGAGCAGUUGCAGCUGCUGCAGACGCCGACCCAGACCCUGCGCAGAGCUGCCCUCCGAAGCACCUCGAAGAGCGUGGGUUCCGUGGUUGGCGAUGCCAUCGAGAAGGCGGAGCGUCCGGAGCGACGGGAACUGCCCCCAGCCGUCAUCCGGAUCACUCUGGCCUCGAUGGAUGAGUACAACAUCCUGUUGCAGAAUGGACUCAACUUCUAUGACGCCACCUUCUUUCCCACUGAGGCCAAUAUAUCGCUGAAGGGCGCCAAGAUCGAUUACAAGCGCAGAAUGCUUGACGGCUCAAUACCCGGACGGGUGAGGGAACUGCUGCCCGUAUUCGAUGCGGCUGGCUUCUGCAAGCUGCCACCGCCCACCAGCAAGCUAAUUAAGCCACCGAGGUCAUAGAUCCAUCAAUCCAACAUCCAGCCAACCGACUCCCCACAAGACGAUCCAGAUGCGAGAAAACGAUUACGAUUACGACGACGAAGAUGAUGACGAAGAAAGCGUUCCGGCCAAAUACACAGAUGUCAGAUGUGAUAUCCGGGGCCACUACCCCUACCUAUAUAUACCCUACCUAUUACCUAUUACCCAUCCUCAUCCGGCCAUCUUCCACUCUCCGCCAGCCAUAUAACCCGAUUUUGGAUAAUCAUCCGAACAAGCGGAUGCCAACAUUUCCGUUCGCCGAUCCGAUCCAUAAAAUAUAAUUCCUCUUUUGGUUUUUAUUCAUCAUUUAUAUUUUUUUUUGCCUCUGUGAACUGUUUAAUUUAUAAAUAUAUAUACCUAUUCUUUUUUUUUUUGCUAGUUUUAUUAUUAAAGGCCCUUAUAAGGCAUAGCAUCUAAUUUGUUCGAUUGUCUGUUUAACAAAGAAAUAAUAAAAGCGAAAUAAGAACGGAAAUAUUUAAUCAUAUUUUAGGGUUAAUGGGUCAUGGAUCAUGGAGUGAUAGUUUUGAGAAAUAAAUUCUAAUAACCCCUAUGCCCCCCAGAAAUAAAGGGAAUCCUUCUUUUGUGGACAUUGAAUUUAUUUAAAUGUUUAUAUUUCUUGUUUUUAGGUUUUUGUUUUUAUUAAAUUUUAGUUAAUUCAUUUAGGUUCGUUUUUUAUUUAGGUAUACAUAUAUAUCUUGAUUGAUUCAACAACAGACGAAUUUCAUAUUUUUUUUUUGUUUAAGUUUUCUUGCACAAAGCUCAACACAAAGACAUACAUAGAUCGUAAUAUAUAUAUUCGUAAGCAUAUCAUUUUUUUUACCAUACUGUCGAAUGUCUUGUAUAUCGUAUAUAAUAUAUAAUAAUUAAUAAUUGAUUUAAAGCAUAUAAUAUAUCUUGUAUCUUGUAUCUGUAUAAUAUAUAUAUAUAUAUAGUCUGUUUAGGAAAUACUCAUAGAACGUGAAACGAAGUCUCGAGAGUCUUCAAUGUUUCGACUUGGAAAAAACAUUAAAUAGCAUUGAAUAAUAAUUAAUAAAAAAAAAAAAAUUCACAGAAAUGGGAAGGAGAAUAAA